AUGCUUGACGACUAUAACCCAAGGGCUCAUAAUUUGAGGCCCUGCUUCCUCGAUCCGCGAGAUGAAAAGAUCACCUGGCUUACUACACCAAAUCCUGAGAGGUUUAGGGAGCUCGUGGCUUUAGCGCAAUCUGACCCCAAGUUCAAGCUCCCUAUCGAUGUCAAAAAGUUCUUCGCUGGAGUUGAGGAUUUGCCAGGCCUGUCCGUCGAAAGACUCAAUGCGGACGAAAACUAUGAUACCAUUGCAGGUGAAGAGCAAAAAUCUGCAAGGGCUCGAAAAGUCCAGAAUGAUUACUCCCUGUACGAGCCACUGGACCACGACAAGCGAGAGAUACGCAUUGCAUUACUCCUCCAGGGUCCCAAGGAAGCACCUAUCAAUGUUGUCAUCGUGAGGAUGUCGUAUCCUUGGACGCAACGAGCAUAUAUGGCACUCUCCUACUGCUGGGGUCCAUUGGGUGAGACACGACCCAUCUACGUUGGCCAUGCAGCUCGGAAAGUUGGUGAGAAGGAGAAGACAGGCCUGCGAGAUCAGGGGUUUGACUGUACUGCUGGUCUCGAGAUCGCGCUGCAGGGACUGCGUCAGGAAGACCAAUUCGUCGCAGUCUGGAUUGACGCGUUGUGCAUCAAUCAGGCUGACCCCGAGGAAAGAGCUUACCAGGUAAGCAUCAUGUCUGAGAUCUACGCAAACGCAGCCAGUGUAUGCAUAUGGUUGAACCUUGAGGAAGAGCAGUCCAUAGCCAUGCAAGCUAUCCGGACCAUUGGCACUGAGAAGGAUAGAGUGCGCGCUGAGAAAGAUGUCCCAGAUUCUGUCUCGGACGUACGAAUGGUCCAGAUGAUGCUUCGUAAUGGUUCAUUCAUGAGCACUAAAGGAGCGGUCACGACCGAGUACAUUCUGCAAAUCUUGACAGGACUCUUCAAGAACCCUUGGUUCAGACGCGUAUGGGUCUUGCAGGAAGUUUCGAGCGCAAGAGGCGAAGUCUUUUUGCUAGGCAACAAUGCACCUGCGGUGUCAUGGUCCCAUGUUCUCUUUGCCGAUCUCUUCAUCAGCGUCGCGUACAAAUUCCUGAGGCUGAAAAUCUCGGGCCUCACCCAACCUUGGCGCGAUUUUGAGAGGAAUGAGCGUGGUCCUGCGGGUGGAUCGCCUCAACGUGUUCCGAUAUUAGAGCUGUUCGAAGGUGUUUGUCAGCAAUUCGACGCAACAGAUACUAGAGACAAGCUCUUUGGUCUUCUCGCUAUGGGACAGGAAACACAUGACAUCUUGGCACUUUCCCCUCUAAUAGCUCCCGAUUACCGCAAAAGUGUGAGCCAAGUGUAUAUCGACUUCACGAAGUGGUGCAUUAUCACCUCCCGUUCUCUUGCCGUUCUGGGGUACGUGACUUUUCUUCGGAGAGGUCAUCUGAGUGGGUCGGAUAGGUUGACGCUCCCCACUUGGUCGUUGUCACCAGUACCCAAGUUCGACGGACAUGGCUCUAAGCUCAGCGAGGUGCCCGAAUUUCACGCAUCUGGCGACAUGGAGCUCGAUCUCGAGUUGAUCAUCGCUUCAAGCAAGAACGCAACGCCCUCCCUGCAGCUUGGAGGUUGCCGACUCGACACGAUUAGCAACGUUUCGAAGAUGUAUUUCUCAAACCGUUGGUACGACAACAGCGACCUGUACAUCAUGAACCCCGAAACAAACACUUACUACUCUGGUGGCCUCAAGUACAUCUGGUCACAAGUCGGUUGGGGCGGUCGACGAGCUUAUGAUUGUGAGUUUCUAGACAGAUCGACCUCAUGCACAUGCCAGAUAUUACUAGAUAGAUUCCUGACAACAUUGACGUGCGGUGGAAUGCAGCAGCACGGAAACUGCGAUCGCGCGAAAGGAGUCCAUAGGACAAAGUGGUUCAAGGCCUCGGACAUGUAUCAGGACUUUGCAGCGCAUUGGGCCCGAAACCAGAAGGAAGAUCCGCAAAACGGUGGCGACCAAGAGAUGAAGCUAUUCUGCCCUCACGUCAGAGAAUUGCUCCUUCCGCUGGCUGAGAAGGGAAGUGCUGACAACUUCGCAGAAUUGUUGUUGAAUGCUAGCAGGAAAGCCUUUGGGACGACUAAUCAUGGCAGGCUCGGUAUGUGUCCUCCUGGUACAAGAGAAGGAGAUGUGGUUGUGGCCCUAUUCGGAGGCAAGGCACCAUUUGUGUUGCGAAGGCUCGAGCACACAGCAAGCUCUGAGGCAGAUGGGUGGGAAUUCUUAGGCGAAUGCUAUUUUCAGGAUUUUAUGGAUGGACAGCACGUUAGAAGGAAAUUGACUGACAACGACCCAGGCGAAAUUUUUGACUUGCGAUGUUCAAGCAUUUGA